CGGGCGGGCGGGCGGGCGGGAAGCGGCGGGGGCAGCGGGGCCGCCCCGCCUCCCUUCGGCGCUCCGGCGGCGGCCGGCGCAGGACAAUGGAAGAGGCGGCAGCGGCGGUAGUAGCGGCGGCAGCAGCGGCGGCGGCGGGGGGGCCCUGCCCGGCGGAUCGAACGGGGGCGGCGGCGCUGAGCGGGGAGAACGAGGCCGAGAGCCGGCAGGGCCCGGCGGAGCGCGGCGGGGAGGUGGCCCCGCUCAACCUGUUGGACACUUGCGGCGUGUGCGGGCAGCCCAUCCAGAGCCGGCGGCCCAAGCUGCUGCCCUGCCUCCACUCGGUCUGCCUCCGCUGCCUGCCGCAGCCCGACCGCUACCUCAUGCUGCCCCCCGCCAUCCCCUCCUCGGCCGCCGGCACCCCGAAGGAGCUGCAGCCGCCGGCGCCCCCCUCCUCGCCCGUCUCUUCGCCGGCCUCACCCCUGCACUGCACGCCCGUCGGUGUUAUCCGCUGUCCAAUUUGUGGUCAGGAAUGUGCAGAGAGACACAUCAUAGAUAACUUUUUUGUGAAGGAUACCACAGAGGUUCCCAGUAGCACAGUAGAGAAAUCAAAUCAGGUCUGCACAAGCUGUGAAGAUAAUGCAGAAGCUAAUGGGUUUUGUGUGGAAUGUGUAGAAUGGUUGUGCAAGACCUGCAUCAGAGCUCACCAGAGGGUUAAAUUCACAAAGGAUCAUACUGUAAGACAGAAAGAGGAAGUAUCUCCAGAAGCAGUUGGUGUGACCAGUCAGCGACCUGUGUUUUGCCCUUAUCACAAAAAGGAGCAGUUGAAGUUGUAUUGUGAAACCUGUGACAAGUUGACCUGCCGAGACUGUCAGUUACUAGAGCACAAAGAGCACAGGUACCAGUUUAUAGAAGAAGCUUUUCAGAACCAGAAAGUGAUCAUUGAGACACUAAUCACCAAAUUAAUGGAGAAGACUAAAUACAUAAAAUAUACAGGGAAGCAGAUCCAAAACAGAAUUCUUGAAGUGAAUCAGAAUCAAAAGCAGGUGGAACAGGAUAUUAAAGUUGCCAUAUUUACACUGAUGGUAGAAAUAAAUAAAAAGGGAAAAGCUCUACUGCAUCAGUUGGAGACUCUGGCAAAAGAGCAUCGGAUGAAACUUCUGCAGCAACAACAGGAAGUGGCAGGUCUCUCUAAACAGCUGGAACAUGUCAUGAAUUUUUCCAAAUGGGCAGUUUCCAGUGGGAGCAGCACAGCACUACUGUACAGCAAACGCUUGAUUACAUAUCGACUACGGUAUCUUCUCCGAGCAAGGUGUGAUGCUUCACCGGUGACUAACAAUACCAUCCAGUUUCACUGUGAUCCUAGCUUCUGGGCUCAAAACAUUUUCAAUCUAGGUUCUUUGGUAAUUGAAGAUAAAGAAACCCCACCACAUAUGCCCAAGAGCCCCGUGAUGGAAACAAACUUACAGCCACCAGGCAGCUUACCUUCAAACCAGCUGUCUAAGUUUCCAACACAGAUAAGCUUAGCUCAGCUCCGACUUCAGCACAUGCAGCAACAGGUCAUGGCUCAGAGACAGCAAGCUCAACGCAGAGCAGGUCCAGUAGGUUUACCAAAUCCAAGAAUGCCAGGAGCCAUGCAGCAGCCUCCUGCUUCUCAUCAGCAGGCACCUCCGCGCUUGAUUCAUUUUCAAAAUCAUAGCUCCAAGUCCAAUGGUUCAGCUCUUCCUGCACAACAGAUGAGAUUUCCCCAAAAUCAGAACCUACCAAGGCAAGCAAUAAAGCCCAGCCCAUUGCAAAUGGCAUUCUUGGCACAGCAAGCGAUAAAACAGUGGCAGAUCGGUAGUGGACAAACUUCAACUGCCCUUUCAACCGCUAGCAGCACAACAUCUACUCCCUCCAGCCCCACAGUCACUAGUGCUGUAGGAUGUGAUGGGAAGACAUAUGGUCCCCCUGUGAUAGAUUUGAGUUCUCCAGUGGGAAGCUCCUACAAUCUACCAUCUCUUCCUGAUAUUGAUUGUUCAGGAAACAUCACACUGGAUAAUGUUGUAAGGAAGGAUGGCACUGCAGAGCAGAAUCAGCCAAAACCCCCUUCGAACAGAACUGUGCAGUCACCAAAUUCAUCAGUACCAUCACCAGGCCUCUCAGGAGGAGUCAGUGUGACAAAUAUACACCCUCCAAUUCGUUCACCCAGUGCCUCCAGUGUUGGGAGCAGAGAGAGUUCUGGCUCCUCCAGCAGGCCACCAGGAGCUGAUUCUACACACAAAGUCCCAGUUGUUAUGUUGGAGCCGAUCAGAAUUAAACAGGAGUCAAGUGCACCAAAUGAGAACUUUGAUUUCCCAAUUGUUAUAGUGAAGCAGGAAACGGAUGAGGAAUCCCGGCCUCGGAAUGCGACCUUUUCAAGAAGCAUACUUACUUCAUUGCUGUUAGAUAGCAAUCAUAAUUCCAAUUCUGAUGAAGCUGUCUUAAGAACAGAUGCACCGGACAGCACAGGUGAUCAGCCAGGGAUACUGCAGGAGAACACAUCCAGUGGGAAGACAGGAUGGAUAGGUUCCUCCCACAUCGGGGAGGGCAGAAAAGAGGAUGAUCCCAACGAAGACUGGUGUGCAGUAUGUCAAAAUGGAGGGGAGCUCCUUUGCUGUGAGAAGUGUCCCAAAGUAUUCCAUCUUUCUUGUCAUGUUCCUACAUUGAUGAGCUUUCCAAGUGGAGAGUGGAUUUGUACAUUCUGUCGGGAUUUGUCCAAGCCAGAAGUUGAAUAUGACUGUGAUAAACCCACUCACAGCUCUGAAAAAAGAAAAUUGGAAGACACUGUGGGUUUGGCGCCAAUAGACCGCAGGAAGUGUGAAAGGCUGCUGCUGUACCUCUACUGUCAUGAAAUGAGUCUUGCUUUUCAAGAUCCAGUUCCUCCCACAGUUCCUGAUUACUACAAAAUAAUCAAAAAGCCUAUGGACUUGUCAACCAUCAAGAAAAGACUUGAAGAGACCAAUUCAUUCUACACAAAGCCGGAAGAUUUUGUGGCCGAUUUCAGACUGAUUUUCCAAAACUGUGCUGAAUUUAAUGAGCCUGAUUCAGAAGUGGCCGAUGCCGGCAUGAAACUUGAAGCGUACUUUGAAGAACUUCUAAGCAACCUUUAUCCUGAGAGAAAGUUCCCUGUACAAUCCAACUGCCAGAGUGAAAAAGAUAAUCCAGAACUUACUGAUGAGUCAGAUGAUGACUUUGUACAGCCCCGGAAAAAACGCCUCAAAGGAGAAGACCGUCAGUUGCUUAAAUGAGCUGCAUGUGUUACAAUGGAACGUUUUUUAAAAACUAAGAAUAUUUAUCACUGUUAGUUGCAAAAAGGGGAAAAAUCAUGACUGCUUUGACUUGUAGGUUUGUGGAUAUUUACUAGACUUUCUAUCCCUUGUCUGAAACACAAAUCUAAUGGAGAUCAGGGCAUGUGGAAAGCUUCUCUGAAGUUCCAAACUUUCAUUGUACUUCUGGAGCAGCACAGAAAUUGCCAUUUGCGUGGGGUGACAGCUGUUUAACUUUACUUUGAGGAAGAAAAGAAGUUUGUAUAGAAUUGAACUUUGAAACAUUACAUGGGUUCAACAUGUGGCUUCCUGAGUUUGAAGAAAAUGUGAUCUCACCAGACUUAUAAUUUUACCAAAGGCAUGUGGCUGGCCAUAAUUUGAUUUCUUUGUACUGUAUUUAACACAAGCCAUGACAACAGAUGGUGUAAUAUUAUUGUCCUGCAAUACUGACUGGUACAAUUAAAGUGUAGUUGCCCCCAAAGAAGUUGCUGGUAAUUUUAAAAUGUAAGGGAGAGUGUAUUAAAAAUAACUUAAAAAGAAAAACAAAAAAGGAAUUUGUUUGAGAGUUUUUAAUGAAGGAAGUUAAAGACAGAAUACUUUGGUUUGUGCCGUUUUUCUCACCACCAGCAAGAAACAGUGGUAUUCCUGUACUAUUUUGUUUAACAGGUGUCUCAAGUUUGAUGUACCUCUGUUUAAUGGAGUUGAUGACAAAGUCUCGAGGGGAAAAAUGUUUGCUUGUAACUAUCACUCAGUCUUUGUGUGUGUUUAGAGAGGGGAUAAAGUAUCCUUUCUGUCCACAAGGAGCUCUUGUUGUUUUUCCAAAUUUCUAAAUAUAUUGUUGUCAGUAUGCAACCAGUAUUGUUAUUCACUUGGAAGUACACAAGUUUGAAGAGAUGGAGGAAAAAAGAAAAGAUAUUGCUCUUCAACCCUUCAUCUGCCCCUGUUAAAAUCACCAGAAGGUGAGGACAAAUUACCUUUUUUGUUCUGUCGACUUUCCAGAAGCACUGACAACAAUAUAGAUGGUUGUUUCUGCCCUCAAAGAUUGCAGAGUUAGAGAAGUAUUUGUCUAUGGUUGCUGAAGCUGUUGGUUUACACUCUUCAUCUAUGUCACCUUAAAUGAAAACUGAGGUUUUGGGUGAGCAGGCAGUCUUUUGUAUUAAUUGAGCUCUGCUUGUGCCAGAAUUUUGCAGAUGCAAUUGUGAAGACAUGCGAGUGUACACAGGCCUGCUUUUGACUUGCUUUGUAGCCCUGAUGUGGUGCUGUGGAUAGAUCAUCGAAGAGACUAGAUAAAAGUGCUGCUUGUGCCUCCCUGCUGUGUACAUAUGUGCUCAGAAAAAGGCCCUUUUUUUGCCUCUCACCAGAUGAGAUACUACCCACCUGUCUUUGUCAUAGGGUGGCACUGCCCACUUAAAUGUAGUGGACACUUCAAAAGAACACUCAGUUGUGUUUGCAGCAGCCCUUUGACAUAGCUUUUGAAAUGCCAUGGUCACAUGGUUGAUUUUUAAGCUGCCCAGAGUAAUGCAUUUAUUUUCCCCUUUUCCUUAUUUUCUGUUUUGUUUGGGUUUGGGGGUGGGGGUGGGGGUUGGGGGGUGUUUUGUUUUUUGUGCGGUUUUUAUCACCUGAAGAGAGUUGCUUAUAGCAGGAGUUCUACUAUCCCAGAGUACCAGAAAAAAAGGAAGAGAGGUGAAGGAACAGAACAAGAUGGUGAGGGAGACCAUUCUAACAAAACAGGUGUGAUCAGUGCACACUACAGUAGCACAGACUUAAGAAAUAAGAGACACUGCCAUUGCAACAUUUGAAGUCUUAAAGAUCUAGCAAUGCCUAGAAGUCCUAGAUACCUUGUUCACCAAGUUUAACAGUGCUUCCAGAGGAAGGUGCUCUGUGGUUCUCCAGACCGUAAGUUGCAAGCACAGAUUUAUUAGGAGGCUUAGUGCAUUUAGAGGUGAAGUUAAACACCUAUACAGCUUCAGACUAAAGUUGUUCUCCCAAUGGAAAAUAUUGGGGAGAGGAGUGUGUCCAGUUACUUAUCUGUCUGCUGUAAACUGUUUGAAAAUGUCUCUGUUUAAAUAAUCCACUGGAAAAAUCUGA